CGCUGCCGAGUCGGGCCGGGCCGCCUGGGGAGCGGAGCCGCCGCCGCCGGAGCUGCGUCCGCUAUGGGGACGGCGUACGCGCGGAUGCGCUGCAUCAAGAUCUUGCUGUUCAUCUUCAAUCUGAGCUUCUGGCUGGCAGGAUUGGCUGUCAUUGCCUUUGGUCUGUGGCUGCGGUUUGGUGGGGCUAUGGCAGAGUUUGCUUCAGACAAAAGGUCUCCAGAGUAUUUCUUCAUAGGACUGUAUGUAUUGGUGGGAGCAGGGGCUCUCAUGACCACAGUUGGAUUCUUUGGGUGCUGUGGAGCAGCGCGGGAGUCUCAGUUCUUACUUGGAGCAUUCUUUGCUUGCUUGUUGGUGAUAUUUGCAGCUGAGAUCACUGCUGGAGUGUUUGCAUUUAUAGGCAAGAAAGUGGCAAUACAGGAAGCCCAGAAAAUCUAUGAAGACAUUUAUGAGGAAUACAUGAAAAACCCGGGGAAGGUGAACAGGACCAUCUAUCACUACCACUUGGCUCUCCAAUGCUGUGGUAAAGAUAAUUUGGAACACAUAGGAUUACCUUGUCCAGAGAAAAUGCAGGUGCCAAAGAACUGCCUGGUUGAAAUCCAUAACGUAAUCGAUGCCAGCCUGCAUCUAGUUGGGAUUGUUGGAAUUGCAAUUGCUGGCACCACAAUCUUUGGCAUGAUAUUCAGCAUGGUUCUCUGCUGUGCCAUCCGUAACACGAGAGACAUGAUCUAAAACUGUCACUGCACAGCUGUGUCCAGAAGCUUUACAAGAAGCGCUCUUCUACCCAGCUUAAUAAUUGUAAUGUAUUUUAAUUAGUAUUUUAACAUACUGAGAGGAAAAUAUCCCAUUAGGUUUGGAGGUGAAUUGUAUUAGUGACAGUAAAACUGAAACGAACAAAAAAAGGGUUUUAAAACGUCCUUUUUAAUGAAAAGAGCCGAGAUGGCAUCGAAGACUAAUUUGAUUUUUAAUGUUUGUAUAUGUGCAAUUAAGAGCUGACAUAUCUAUAGGCAUUGUGUAAGUACAUGCAUUUCUCUCAUUACAGAUAUGUAUGCACAUUAUCUGUGUAUGUAGUACCUUAUGUAGGUAAGUAUGUGCAAAUGGGAUGUGUUGUGUGUCCACAUUUGCAUGCAUAUUUUUCCAGUCUCACUAUGCAGGAGUGUGCACACACCCAUAGGUUGCUUGAAACACUUUCAUUCCGAGCCCCCCUUUGCCAAGAAGUGGUGGAGGAACAAAUGCCAUUUUAAAAAUGACCCAGCAUCCAUUUUGUAACUGUUCCAUCCCCGAAGAGGAAAUGUGUUUUGUUUUAAUGACUUUAUUUUUACAAAAGGGUCUCUUCCAGCACCCUCCUUCCUGGGAGAUCUUCCAAAGCCCCUGGAUGUGGUCCUGGGCUCUCUGCCCUGCAUGGCUCUGCUGCAGCACAGUGCCUGGAUCAGAGGGACGCAGAGAUCC